AUUAUUGUAACGUUUCCCUGUUUGUCCCUGACCGGCCCCCUUACGUAGAAGUAGAACUACCCUGACACGUAGCUACCAAGUUGUUGGGAACCUGAGGAGAUUUGUCAAACGAUACAGAGGGAGACAUGGCAGGGUUUGACAAUUUAAACGCAGACUUCUACCAGUCCAGCUACAGUGUGGACGACCAGAACCAGGGCUCCUAUGCUUACAACGAAGGCGAGGGCCAGGCCAAAACUCCAUAUGUCCAGUACGACUACUCCCAGAACAUGGGCUACGCUGCCCCAGGGAUGAUGCAGCCCCAGCAGCCGUACUCUGGGCAGAUCUUCCAGCCCACACCGGCCUUCACGCCCACGGCAGCACAGUCCAUGUACGGCAGCAGCUUCGAUGACGAACCGCCCCUACUGGAAGAGUUGGGGAUCAACUUCGACCACAUCUGGCAGAAGACCCUGACGGUUCUCCACCCCAUGAAGGUGGCGGACGGCAGCAUCAUGAACGAGACCGACCUGGCGGGCCCAAUGGUGUUUUGCUUGGCCUUCGGCGCCACCCUCCUCCUGACGGGUAAGAUCCAGUUUGGCUACGUGUACGGCAUCAGCGCCAUCGGCUGCAUGGCAAUGUACUGCCUCCUCAACCUCAUGAGCAUGACCGGCGUGUCGUUCGGCUGCGUGGCCAGCGUCCUCGGCUACUGCCUUCUUCCCAUGAUCCUCCUCUCCAGCUUUGGCGUCCUGUUCUCUCUACAGGGCCUGAUGGGGAUUAUAAUAUCGGCCGCCAUCAUCGGCUGGUGCUCCCAGUCCGCCUCCAAGAUCUUCAUCUCGGCGCUGGCCAUGGAUGGGCAGCAGCUGCUGGUGGCCUACCCCUGUGCUCUGCUCUACGGCGUGUUCGCCCUCAUCUCCGUCUUUUAAGAAUAUGCCCCGGAACUACCGCUGUCCGUUGUCCAUUCACAGCCCCCGUCUCGUCGCACUGGAAAAAAAAAUGCAUUCCAGGGAUGUUGGCUACAACGGGGAGGAGCUAGCUUUUUUUAAUGUAUAUGUCUGUAUACAUAUAUCUCUCUCUCCCUCUCUAUCCCCUGACGUGCAGGCACAGCAUUCCAGUGCACUCAUAGACUGGUGCAAGCGCGCGCGCACACACACACACACACACACACACACACACACACACACACACACACACACACACACACACACACACACUUCUACCCCGCCCCCCAUCUGCUGACCUAAUCAGGGAGCCCAAAGAAGAGGACAGUGGGGUUUGAAUGGAGAGCAAGGUGUCCACGUGUCUCCCCUGACCAGCCUACUGCCCUGCGGAGUGGAUAUACGUGAGGGUGUGUGUAUGCGGUUUACGGAACAGACGAACUCUAGGUUACAGAGGAGUACCUGCCUCCAUACUCCCAAGCCAAGAAGAGACCAUCACCUCUAGGGGACAUAACCCACAACCCAGCCUCCCUGUCUAUCCUCACACACACAUGCACACACACCUCUACCCACGGGCGCAGAUGGGACAUUGCCCUGCCACCAACCCCGCCCUGACUGAAGAGAGAUUCUAUUUCCAUUUUCUUUUCCUAGGAUUUGCUUGAAGUAGAAGGUAAUAACAAAAGGCAUGUAUAUGAUUUAUGAACAACAUAUAAACUAGGUUGUUUUGUACGGUUGGAAAAGGCAAUGGUGUUAUACAACUCGGGUCACUGAUGUUCAGUUUCCAUAGUUCUCCUUUUAAGGAAGUGUAUUGAGAACUGACGUGGCGUCGCCUGCCUACUGUUAUAAACGCUAGAUGCAGACCGUGCUUCAUGAUAGCUCAAAGUUGUAGUGUUAUAAACAAGGCGUCAGACAUGAUUCGUUUUUUGGCCUAUUUCUUUCACUGGGAGAUAGUUUUGACAUUUUAGUCAGUGGGAAAGAGAAAAACUGCCAUGUUGGGGUCACAUAAUAUCAAAAACCAUGGACUUGAUCAACACAUUGCUUUCAUUUAUUUCAUUUUGUGGUUCGGCUGACCCAUUUAAGAUCAUUAAACUUUGUAUGAAAAUGUACUGUAAACUAUG